AUGCAGCGCGUUCGGCGUGACGAAAUGGGCUCGGACGGGCGCACGCGUGUCGACGACACCGAUCCCCGGAUCUCGUUUGCACCGAGCAACUCGCCGUUCGUCACCGAAAGUUCGGUGUGGACGAUCCCCAAGAGUCCACUCGCCUACAAUGGCUCCUUUGUCGCUAGCGACGCUGACGACGCCAAGCUCAGCUUCCCCUUUUCGGGCGACACGCUGCAUGUAGGUAUGCUGCAUACAGCGGCUGGGAUCAGUGCACGCCUGACGCUCGAGAACGGCACCUCCCUCCCACUCAGCAUAACGCCGCAAGAGGCCGCCGCGAGUCUACCCGGUAACAGCACGACAGCGUUCCAGAGAAAGGUGCUUCGUUUCAGCGAUCUUGGCUGCUCGAACCACACGGCCACCAUCACGCCGGAACCCAACACGCUCGCACCGAUCUACUUUGACUUCUACAGCUACAAGCCUCCUGGUCCCAACGGCUGUUCGCCUCCUGCCCCAACUGCAGGCGGAAGGGGUAGUGUGGAUGAGCACACCAUGCUGCACGCGGGCAUCGGGGCCAUGGCUGCGAUCACGUGUGUGGCGGUUGGAGUGCUGGUGUACUUUUGGACCAAGCGGAGGAAGAAGCCAAAGGUCGACGAGGUGGAUCGAAUGUACAAGCCGCGACGGGCACAGACGAGUGUGGAGACGAUGGCUAUGCCGCUUGCUGGGGCGUACUAUGGUAACAAGCUGUCUGUAGAGCAUGAAGAGUACCGCCCGCGCGGGCUGCACACGCUGCCCGUCCCGGCAACCGAGUCCGGACGCAGCAGUACGUACACGGAAGAAGAAGCAUUCAACAUCGGUCAAACGCUCCUCGGCCUCGAUCACGAAGCUUCUUCGCAUCUCGAUUGCAAACCGGGACAGGAGAAUGCAACCACCUCGGCGCUGUUAUCCUCUCACGCAGAUGGAGAGGAGAAGAGUGCGGCGACGGCGCCGCAGUCGGUGCGACGUCCGUGCACGGCAUCUGCAGUGGACCGACUGUGCAGCGACGCAAGGGAGUUGGCGGUGACACGAGCGCUGUCACCAUUCCAGCGACGCCUUCCGACCGCACCGGCGGUUCCGGUAGCAGGUCGCUUUCGUCGCAACUCUACGGCUUCCGUCGAGACCCAUUGGACAUCGGCAUCUCUCGACGAGUCGCGCCUCGACACCACGGGCAUGACGAUCGAGCACGAGCGAGGGCGCGUGCUGAGCAACGCUACGCUUCCUCGCAGACCACCAAAGUCACCACACCGCCCUACGACGGGCACCAACCCCCCACCCCCACUCUCCUACCUGCCCUUCACUCUUUGA